UAAUAGCACUAAUUACAUUUUCCAUUUUUCUUCCUACCAUCAAUUUAUGCAUAUCACAAUCACUCCUUCACAUGUUCAUCUUAUACUGCUGUAUCUGAUUCAUCAACCUUCGAUUUCCCCUUAAUCAAAAAAGCGCGAUGAUGAAUCGCUUAAAGGAUGGUUGGCGCCACGUAUCCAAAUCCAAUAUCAAGAAGCUUCUCGAUUUUCGUUUUCACUCAAACAUUGUUCAUAACCACCGAUUUGGAACCGAAGUGGAUCAUCAAUUGAACAGGGACUUUUUCGUCAAACUUUGGGUUUCUGAUAGCAGAAUGCGAAACCCUAGAGGUAAGAAAUUUAUCAAAUCGGGAGGUAUUGAUCUUGAUCCUAGAUGGUUUUCUGCUGGCACCAGUAAACCUAAACGGUCCUUGAAGCAACCUCCUAUAAGCCAAUCUGUUUCUGAAUUUUCUCAACCGGAAUCUCCAGAAGAGGCCAAGGUAGCUCCUCUGCUUGCCAGGUCCAACUUGCUAAUUACUAGAGAUAUCGAGUGGGCGAAUCUUGUGUUGGGAUUUGAACAGGAAAAUCGUUAUGCCAUUGUAGAUGCAUGCUACCCACAGUCGCCUGUAGGUUUAAUUCGGGAACAGAGCAACGUCAUUACCAGACAGUUACUUCGUCUAAGGAGGCCUUUUGUUGCACACAUAACUGAUGCUGUGGGGAAUGAGCUCUUCAGGGUCCGUAGACCCUUUUGGUGGAUAACAAGCUCAAUUUAUGCUGAAAUUGAUGGUAAGGAAAUUGGAGUAGUUCACAGGCGGUGGCAUCUCUGGAGGAGACUCUAUGAUUUGUACCUUGGGAAUAAGCAAUUUGCGGUGGUUGAGAAUCCUGGCUUGUGGAAUUGGACAUUCACCUUGAAAGAUAUUGAUGGUGAGGUGCUUGCUCAAGUAGAUCGAGAUUGGAGGGGCUUUGGUUUUGAGAUUCUAACUGAUGCUGGUCAGUAUGUGAUUCGAUUUGGAGGUUCUGAUCCCAGCUCCAAGAUUGGUCUUGCUAAUGCGAUUCAAGACCUUGAUGUCGGACGCCCACUGACCCUCGCAGAGAGAGCCGUUGCUGUAGCUCUUGCAAUAUCACUAGAUAAUGACUACUUCUCAAGACAUGGAGGCUGGGGAUUACCCUUCUUUGACGUCGGCGAGUAAAUUUGAUUUGAAUGACAGUAUCAUCUGGUUAUCUGUUGGCAUCGUAAUCCCUGAGGCCCAAUCUUUACCAUGUAGUUUUUAAAUUUGUGUUUCAAGCUAACUUCAAAGAUGGCUCCAUUUACGUACACAUGAUAGGUGGUACUUGGUAAUGGGUCUAUUCAUUCAUGUAACAAAAUGAGAAGUUUAACUCUGAUAUUUACUUUUGUCUGUUGAUUCCUUUUUUGUUGGAUGGCAAAGUCAUGAGAUAGUCCUGAUUGAUUAUUGCUUUGUUAGUUGGUU